CAACACGGGGAGAGACCGCUGGGUGGGACGUUGGCGGUUGUUGUGGUUGGGUUGCAACGUGUGAUUAAUAUACGUCGUGCAGGGUGCUCGGCCGUCUGACAAUGCUGGGCGGGGUCGGGCCGCGGCUGUCCGCCGUCCUGCGGGCCGCCACAGUCACUGUGACCCCUGUGCGGUUCCGCUGGCACGCCAACAAAGUGGCACGCGGACCCGCGCUCCGUCGCUAUGGCUGGAACAAGGAGCACAUCAUGCCAUCUGGGCUACUGCCAAGGAAGGAAGGCGCCAGACCGCUCGGUUUUCCCCAGUACAAACCAAGCAAUGCAUGGUCACCGAAGAAGGCACUUUUUGGUCAGAACGACUACAUCGACAUCCUCGGCAACGGUUCGCUCCAUCCGGUGCAGCUGCUGUACAAGGUGCCGCCUUGGCUGCGCGGUUUCCGCGGCAACGAGUACCAGAUGCUGCUGCGCAAGCGGAAGGUAAUGGGCUCCCUUCUGGAGGACCACUACCCCACCAAGAACUACAACAUGCAGAAAAGGAUAAAGUACCUGUAUCGCUUCCUCAACCACGGCCGUACCAAGGACUACUUCUGGCGAAGGACGUAGCUGACUCUCGGCUCUCUUGUGUAGUCGUGGUAGGCACUGCUCCAGAUAUGUUGGCGAACGGGACGUUUUCGAAGCGGGAGCGGUGUGAAGUGUAUUGCACCGGUGUUUUUCAGUGUUUUGAUGUCUUCGGGAACGCCGUGGGUGAUCGUGUGUCCUGCACAUGAGUACGGUUGGUGGUCUAAAUACAUCAACGAUGUGUACUUU